CAUGAUCUUCCUUGCAGAAAUAGAUGGCAGCACGGUCAAUCAUCUUAUGUUCAAAGUCUUUUUUUUGGCUAAGGUCUACCUCGACCCGAUCCAGAUUAUCUACAACUAAUUGUCUUGCACAUGUAAUUAAAGAAGCUACUGGUAGUGGCUUAUGGCUCGUCUCUCGGAUGGAUAGUAGUUGGCGUUAUCUCGCUGCUGCGUUACGGAUACGCUCUUAUGCUAUGAUGAUGUAGAAGCACCACCAGGCUACACUUAUUCAUUAAUAUUAAUAAAGAUGGGGAUAUUUUAUUUUUAUUUUUCUCCACGAAUUCGCUCUCUUAUCGAGGAACUCUUGUCGUCGUGAUCCUCGAUUCUAGGAGAAUCAACUAUCAGAUUGAUCCUCUAUUAUAGUAGAAUCAACUACGAGGAACUAUUGAUCGUCUUAGGAGCAGGAAUGUGAGUAGGUUCAAUAGUGGUCCAUCUGAUGGCACUACCUUAGCUACUCGCACAACAGUGAAGAAAAAAUCAUCUACGAGGAGCAUGACGAUGUAAUCACGUGGUACACGUUUUAGUCUUAUCAUAAGUACCAAGACCGAGCCCAAGAUGAACAAGAACAUCACAAAAAUGUACUUAAAAACUAAAGGAACUACAUCAACAACGUCGCGUUUACGUUUAUUAGCUUUCGGCGUUGCUAGCACCACAAAAAAGCCAUUUAUUCGAAAACGAAAAACAGUCACUUUGAUGAUACUUUUUCAGUUUAUCCUCG